AUGGCUGGGAUGAUGUGCGCGAGAACCACCCAGGGGAAAGUCCCUAGUCUGCUGUUAGCUCGGACACAUAAAACACCCCGAGCAACCCGCCACUCUGCCUUCUAUCAUUCCUCCCCUUCUGUGACGACUAAGCUGUCUCGCUCUUCGUCUGACACAAUGGCUCGAUUUUCUCCUCAACAAAGCCGGCCGGUCCACGCGACCCCCUUCAUGAAUCACUCCACCAACCCGUCAGAUGCCAACUAUGACACCGCCAACCCGUCCUAUAUCCGCAAGUACCUGCGCACGUACGGCCUCACUCCUCCCCGCGCCGAGAGCUACGAGACCCAGAAGACCCGCUGCCUUGCUCAGCUGGGCCUCAAGAACACUUCUAUCGACAAGUUCCUCUACCUGAGCACCCUGCGCAAGAACAAUGUCCACCUCUUCUACCGUCUGGUCACCGACCACCUGCGGGAGCUGACUCCCCUGAUCUAUACCCCAGUUGUGGGCGAGGCCUGCCAGCGCUGGUCCGAGAUCUACCAGCAGCCUGAGGGCAUGUACCUGAGCUGGGAGGAUCGCGGAAACUUGGCCGCGGUGAUCGCCAAUUGGCCCCAACCAAAUGUGGAGAUCACAUGUAUUACCGAUGGCUCCCGAAUCCUCGGACUGGGUGACCUGGGCAUCAACGGCAUGGGCAUCCCCAUUGGCAAGUUGGCGCUCUACACGGCCUGUGCCGGUAUUCGCCCCGAGGCCACUCUGCCCCUGACUCUUGAUCUGGGCACUGGCAACAAGACCCUCCGGGAAGACCCGCUAUACAUGGGCAGCCGCCGAGACAAGAUCUCCCCCGAGGAGGAGCGUGAGUUUAUGGAUGAGCUGAUGGCUGCUCUCACCGAGCGCUGGCCUGGUAUUGUUAUCCAAUUUGAGGAUUUCAAGAACCCCUUCCCGGCCCUUGAGCGGUAUCGGGACCUCUACACCUGCUUCAAUGAUGACAUCCAGGGUACUGGCGCUGUGAUCCUCGGCGGUGUCAUCAACGCUGUUAAGCGUUCCGGUUUGCCCUGCAAGGACCACCGCGCUGUCUUCCUUGGUGCCGGCUCUGCCGGUGUCGGUGUUGCCAAGCAGAUUGUUGAGUUCUUCAUGCGUGAGGGCAUGAGCGAGGAUGAUGCUCGCAACUGCUUCUACCUGGUCGACACCAAGGGUCUUGUCACUGCCGACCGCGGUGACAAGCUCGCCGACCACAAGGUCUACUUCGCCCGCCAGGACAACCAGGGCCAGCAGUUCAAGACCCUCGAGGAGGUCAUUGAUCACGUUAAGCCCACCAUCUUGAUGGGUCUGUCCACUCUCGGUGGUGUCUUCACCCCUCAGAUCCUGCGCAAGAUGGCCGAUUGGAACACUGCCCCCAUCAUCUUCCCCCUGUCCAACCCGUCCUCCAAGUCUGAGUGUGAUUUCGAGAGCGCUGUGGUCAACACUGACGGCCGCUGCCUGUUCGCCUCCGGAUCUCCCUUCCCCACCAAGUCCUUCACCAACGCCGCCGGUGAGACCCGCACCUACUACCCUGGCCAGGGCAACAACAUGUACGUCUUCCCCGGUAUUGGUCUCGGCAGCAUUCUGUCCAAGGCCGUCCGGGUCACCGACAGCAUGAUCUACGCUUCCGGCGAGGCGCUCUCGACCGCCCUGACUGCCGAGGAGCUCGAGCGCGGCCUGCUCUACCCGGAUGUCACCCGAAUCCGUGAAGUCAGCAUCGUCGUGACCCGCAAGGUGAUGCGCGCCGCCCAGGAGGACAAGGUCGACCGGGAGACUGCCCUGCGCAACUUGAGCGACGCCGAUCUGGACAACUACAUCAAGUCACGCAUGUACGACCCCCACACUGAGGUCCGCUCUCUCGAGCGCGAGGUAGGCCACUUGCUGUCCAGCCUGGGCAACAUCUCGCCCCUCCUCAACGGCUCUCCCACCGAGGAGAAGCCCAACGGUGCCAAGCUGUAA